ACUGUGAAUGAGCUGCUUCUAUUUCCUUUGCACUAAAUCUAUGUUCUACCAUGCUCGCAUUUCUCGUAUAGCUUCUUCCCAUCUGAUUCUUACAAUAACAAAACCUCUGCAAACUCUCUCUACUCAAUCAUCACCAAAAUUUUCAUUCCCCAUUUCACAAUCACAACAACAAUGCACUCAACAAAGAAAACCACAAGAUCUUCUCUCCUUAUGUUCCACAACAAAAUCUCUCCUUCAAACCCAACAAGCCCACGCCGUCGCCAUUACUCAUGGCCUUCUGCCUAUCAGCAUUUCCAUUUCUUCCGCUCUUAUUCUCCGUUACGCCGCCUUUUCAGCAGACCCAACAAUCAUACGGACACUGUUCGAUCAAAGUCUCCCUUUUUCGCGUUCUGCGUUUCUUUACAAUACGCUUAUUCGAGCUCAAAUGAUUAUGGGUGUUGCGGAUUAUAGUGGGUUUGAGAUUUAUAAUGGGAUGUUGAGAAUUGGCGUUGCGCCAGAUGAUCAUACUUUCCCUUUUGUGAUUAAGCUUUGUUCGGAUUUUAUGGAGUUUCGAAAAGGGUUGGAAGUUCAUGGAUUGGUUGUAAAAUCUGGAUUUGAUUAUGAUGUGUUUGUGAAUAAUACGCUGAUGUUUUUUUACGGGAAUUUUGGUGAUUUGGUGGGUGCGCGAAAAGUGUUUGAAGAAAUGCCUGAAAGGGAUUUGAUUUCGUGGAACAGUAUUAUUCGGGUGUUUUCGGAUAAUGGGUGUUAUUUUGAAGCUAUUGGUAUGUUUAGAAAGAUGGGUUUGUGGUCCGAGUUUAAGCCCAAUGAGGUAAGCAUUGUGAGUGUAUUGCCUGUUUGUGCAGUGUUGGAAGAUGGGAUGGUUGUUAGUGAGAUUCAUUGUUAUGUGAUCAAAGUAGGUUUAGAUUGUCAAGUGACUGUUGGGAAUGCGUUUGUUGAUGCAUAUGGAAAGUGCUUAAAUGUUGAGUCGUCAAGACGAGUUUUUGAUGAGAUGGUUGAAAGGAAUGAGGUUUCUUGGAAUACAAUGAUUGGUACUUUUGCUCAUAAUGUGUUUAAUAACCAUGCAUUGGAAAGUUUCAGGUUUAUGAUUAAUGAAGGUUGGAAAGUAAAUUCGACUACAGUUUCAAGUUUGCUACCGGUCUUGGUUGAACUUGGCGAAUUUAGUAGGGGAAGAGAAGUUCAUGGCUUUUGUCUAAGGACAGGUUUAGAGUGUGAUGUCUUUGUUGCGAAUGCCUUGAUUGAUAUGUAUGCAAAAUCGGGGCGUUCAGCUCAAGCAUCUGCCGUAUUCCACAAAAUGGGUAUUAGAAAUGUUGUGUCGUGGAAUACAAUGGUAGCAAAUUUUGCUCAAAAUAAGCUUGAGUUAGAGGCUAUAGGACUUUUUGCGGAAAUGCAAUCUUGUGGUGAAACUCCAACAUCUGUCACACUGACAAAUGUUCUUCCUGCAUGUGCACGAAUUGGUUGUCUUCGUUCAGGAAAGGAGAUACAUGCCAGUUCAGUAAGAAACGGGUCUGUCACUGAUCUCUUCGUCUCAAAUGCUAUAACCGAUAUGUAUGCAAAAUGUGGUUGCCUUAAUCUGGCCCAAAAUGUGUUUGACGUGUCUCUGAGAGAUGAGGUAUCUUACAAUAUACUCAUUAUCGGUUAUUCACAGACAAGUUAUUGCUCCAAGUCUCUUAUACUGUUCUCUGAAAUGGUGACGACAGGGAUGAAGCAUGGCACUGUUUCCUUUGUUGGAGUUCUCUCGGCUUGUGCAACUAUUUCCGCGAUUAAACAAGGAAAGGAAAUUCAUGCAUUUGCAGUGAGAAGAUUGUUUCAUGAACAUCUCUUUGUAUCAAAUUCUCUUUUGGAUUUGUACACCAAAUGUGGACAGAUUGAUCUUUCUCAGAAGAUUUUUGACAGGAUUGAGGACAGGGAUGUAGCAUCAUGGAAUACUAUGAUUUUAGGGUAUGGGAUGCUUGGUGAUUUACGUACUGCAAUUGAUAUGUUUGAAGCCAUGCGAGAGGAUGGUGUUGAACACGAUUCAGUCUCCUAUAUUGCAGUUCUAUCAGCAUGUAGUCACGGAGGGCUAGUUGAUAGGGGAAAGAAAUACUUUAAUGACAUGCUUGCUCAUAACAUUGAACCAUCACAGAUGCACUAUGCUUGCAUGGUUGAUCUUCUUGGUCGUUCGGGGCUUAUGGAUGAGGCCAUUAACCUUAUUACUGGUCUACCAUUUAAACCAGAUGGCAAUAUUUGGGCUGCGCUGCUUGGAGCAUGCAAACUCCAUGGAAAUGUGGACUUGGGUUCUUGGGCAGCUGAGCACUUACUUGAGCUGCAGCCAGAGCAUCCUGGGUACUAUGCUCUGCUCUCAAAUAUGUAUGCUGAAGCAGGCCGGUGGGGUGAAGCUGAUAGGAUCAGAGAAUUGAUGAAGUUGCGAGGUGUGAAGAAAAACCCCGGAUACAGUUGGGUUCAAGUUCAAGACAAAAUGCAUGCUUUUAUUGUUGGACAAAGACUGGAAGGACUGGAUCCGUGUUUGUCGCUUGAAAGCGUUGGUUGAGGUGGGUUGUUUUGUUGAGCCUUCAGAGUAUGAUCACUACUUGCACUAGAUGGUUUUAUUUUUCCCGAUGCCCCAGACUUUUGUCUUUGGCAAUUGUGAGUGUGAGUUGUGAUACACCUAGUUGAACAUCAAUUUGGAGAUAAUUGUGACAAGAACUGAAAAGAUAUAGCAAGAGCUCUGGUGAUCUGCUUUGCGUAAGGUCUGCUAUUACUGGGGCAAUUUCCAGCCAAAUGUAAAGCAAUCAUGGACAUGUGUUGACUAUGCUCUUAAAUUGAUAAGUAUUCAUGGCUGGUCAAUGAACUAUUUGUCUUUGAGCUUCUGGCCUGCACCAUGGAAAUGCCAAAACCAUAUGAAGCACUCAAGGAGUUAAUCUUCUCGGAGAAGAGCAGCAGAACAAGGCUGCUUUAUAAAUCUACUUCUGCUCUAAUUGCUGAUUGGACUGAGACGAGCUAAAUGGAACAGCAUUGACAACGAAGAUUCAUAUAGCUGAUCCGACUUGUUCGGGAUCGAGGCAUAGUUGUUGUUAUUGUUGUUGUUGUAAGGUCUUCUUGACCCACAACUCAAUAUAUUUGCCAUUUAACAACUAUGCCUGUUACCAUCAUAAAAAAUUCAGAAUCACAAUGGUGGUCCCCCGAGUCCAAUAUUACUAGCUUUUCAUGUACUUGUAACUUCAAUCUUGAUUCAGCUUUUCGUAUAUUGCUUAUGAGGUCUUUCAGUGUCA